UAUGUGUUAUGUGUGUGUAAAUUUACGUGUCCGACGCCAUUUAGAUUUAGUGACAGCUAGAGUUUGUUUUUAAAUUAUUAGUUAGUAACUAAUAAGUUAUAUUAGAGAGACAAUGAGAAUCGAAGCAUCGGAAUCGUUUUGGUUGAAAAAGACUGUUUGCAGCAAUGCCGAGAGGUUAUACUACGAGAGUCAAAGUCAGAUAAUAGAGCGGGUUCCCGCCGUCCGCACGAGAAAGAGCAAAAAGAAAAUCAAGGCGAUGGCGGCAAGACAGAAUCCACCAAAUCCACUAUACUUAAAUCCCCUCACGCUGGAGGCCAACUUCUUCCUGGAGACCCUGGAGGAGGUGAGCCGCAACAACGAACUCGAAUUGGAUCAAUAUUUGGCCACGAUUCUGGAGCGCGUUAUGUUGGGCAUCGAAAAGUAUUUGGACCGAAAGCCCACUUUUAUAAUGCCCGCCAACGGAGCCGGUGAAGGUGUGGUCUUUGUGCCUCCGCAGGAUUUGCAGAAAAUCAAACGCACAUUCAACUGCAUAGCAUGCGCCAAUCAAAUGGUUGGCACACACAUUUCCAAGGUUGUAACGCAUUUGUCCGAAAAGCACCAGCAUCCGAAUAAUGCAGCGGUUGCAGCACAGCAUCCGAAUACUGAAGCGGCUGCAGCACAGCAGGCGAAGCAGGAUAGGGUACCGACCAAGGUGGCACCACGCGGUCGUUUGAUAGACAUUCUGCCCAAGAAAGCCAAAGCCUUGGUUACGUCCGAUCUCACAAGAAUCUUCAAGGAUAGAUAUGGUGUGGCCGACAAGCUGAAAGUGAUACCCGAAUACGAUGUCAUCGAGGCGGAUCUAAUAAAGGUGCUGACGCCAGUGUUUCCCAAUAGCCAGAUGCGCAUUUACAAGUUCGGUUCACGCAUAACUGGCAUUGGCACACGCUGUUCCGAUCUGGAUGUGUUUGUGGAUAUAGGCAACACAUUCGAAACAUUUGAACAUCGCGCCUCCAAGGACACGUUGGGCAAGCUGCGGGCCAUGCGUCCCGUCUUUUGUUCCAGCAACAAGUGGCGCAUCAUCAAUGUUAUCGAGCAGGCGCGCGUUCCCAUCAUCAAGGUCUCCCAUCUGCUGACCGGCAUAGAGUGUGAUAUAUGCCUGAAUAGCCUGGGCUUCUGCAACACGAACUUGUUAAAGUACAUAUUCGAGACACAGCCGCUGGCUCAAUACAUGUGCAUCUAUGCGAAAAACUGGCUGGAGCGCUGCAAGCUGACGGACAUCUCCACUUACAGCAUUACACUGAUGGUGAUAUAUUUCAUGCAGCUGCACGGCUUUCUGCCCUCAAUUUUUUCCUUGCAACAUGAACAGCCUUACAAUCAGUUCGUUGGACCUUGGAUUGUCAACUUUGGACAGAAAACUCUGCAAGAGCUGCGCCUUCCGGAAGCCGAUACCGAUGUGCCGGCAGUUCGCAACCUUUUGAGGGCCUUCUUUACCUUCUACUCCACAUUUGAUUACGAGCGCUUACUGGUGUGCCCAUACUUUGGUAGCCGCGAUGUCCAAAUUCAACAUAUUGAGAAGUUAAUGCCAAAUCGUUAUAGCCAAUACAUUCGGGAGAAUCCCGAAAGUACAUUGCAAUUGCGCAAGCCAAUGGUUGUCCAGGAUCCCAUGCAGUUGAAUCAUAACGUAACGAAGGCGGUAACACGAUAUGCACUGCAGUCGUUUGUAGAUUAUUGCCAGCAGACGGCGUCUCUGAUGGGUGAGCCAUCGACCAACUGGCGACAGCGCACAUAAACACAAACAGAACAGAAUCCUCCCCCAUUCUGAUGCAUGCUUUGAGGUUCGAAUUGAUGUUUAUCAGAGUUUUCUUAUUGUAAAUAAAUCGGAUAUUUGCAA